CCAUUCUUGCGUAAUUUGAUAUGGCUGGCUGUGGCUAUGACUCAUGAGCAAUAUGUGACAGAAAUUGGGUAUUUUUCGUGCCUUUUUACAAACUAAAGCACCUUUUUUUACUCUAUGGAGUCAGGAUGUCUUCGACGUGUCCUUAUAUACUGGCAAAGACGUCCCAACUGCUCACAGCUGCGAGAAUAACAAGUCAAAACGAGAACUUUAAAGAGGGUCUGACAUCAUACAGGAUAGUUCAGAAAAUCUCGCGGCUUAGUUCCAACUUAAAAACGUUAAGAAUCGAGACGAGCACUUACUCUAAACUUUCAAACUUGAGCUUCGAUGAUUUUUCCAUGAUAACAACUGACAAUGACAUUCGCCAACCUGCGCAUUCAGGAACGAAACAUGGUGGACGUUUGACACACUCCUUCACAGAUAUUUACGAGAAUAACGAGUGCGAAGAUAAGGCUGAGCUGUUUUCAUUUGGGAGAACGUUGACGUGAACACUUGCGAGGAAACUGACAGAUAUUUUGAGCAGUACGCUAUCUCAGAUGCCGAAUUAAACAGUUGUUUGAAAGACAUAAAACACAUGCGAAAGAACCAGUGGCUUUUGCAACAAAACGAACAUAAGACAGAGAUAGAAUGGGAGAGGUUUCUGCAGCAAAAAGAUUUGGUUGUAUGGAGAAGAUAUCUGGAUGUCAAGGGUUUAUAUGAGUAUAAAGUGUUUGGAACAUUCAAAGAUAUUUCAUCUGAAGCUUUCUUCAAUACUCAACUCGAUCUACAAUACAGGAAAUCUUGGGAUAAAUACGUGAUCUCAUUGGACAUCAUUGACAGGUCAAAAUGUGGCAGCGAGGUUGUUCAUUGGGCCACAAAGUUUCCUUACCCUCUGAAGAGUCGCGAUUACGUAAUCGUCCGCAGAGCGAAGGUUGAUGUAAAAUCAAAUACAAUGGUUAUAAUGUCAAGAACGUUGAGUCACGAUGAUUGCCCGGAAAGUGACGAUUACAUUCGCGUCAAAGACUAUGCUUCCCAGAUGCUUGUACGACCACAUACAACAUUUCAAGAGAAUGGUUUCGACUUCGUUUUUACUUAUCACGAUGAUUCUCGUGUGAAUGUUCCGAAAUUCUGCGUAAACAUGAUUACUGGAUCAGCCGUUCCAGAUUUCUUGAAGACUCUUCACGAUGCAGCUGCUAAUAUUGCGAUGAAAGACAAUAUAGAUGACAGUAUAACGUACUAAAAGUGAUGUGUAUUUUCCAUUCUAAAUUUAACGUGAACUCAUAAAAUAUACGUCGCGUUUUAAUAGCAGUACUUUCAUAUUGACGAUUGCGUAAUUUCAGUACUGCUUGUGAGCACUUCAUGUAACGAAGGCAAAAUUUAAAUUAUCUAUAUGAAUGUCAACUUAUUUCGUCCUUAACUUUAGAAAAUAUCUCUCUAACUUAAAGUAAUCUUUGUGAGAACAUUAGAAUUUGUCACAUGA